GCAGGAUUGCGUUGUAGUAAUUCGCUAUGUAGAGACCAGGCAUCACGUCACGUUCACAACAUCCAUUACCAGGUAGCUUUAUAGCAUCACGUUUUGCAGAUCUGUCUGAACCAAAAGAUACUUACAAGGCUAAUCAACAUACAGGUGUACACAGAUCCGAAGAAAAUGGCGACCGUGCUCCUACUGCUGUGCCUAACAACCGUGUUUGGUAUUUCCUCCAGUGUGGUUAUUAGUUGUACCGGAAGUUGUAAUUGCAAUCUAACUGCUGGUACGGUCAGUAAUUGUUCCGACGUUACAGAUUUUCCAGAUACUUUUCUUAACGCGUCUUUGAUAACAAAGUUGCAUAUAGUAGGUAACAAUCUGACCGUUCUCAAUUCGAGGCUGCAAAUUUUUGAAAACUUGGAAAUCUUGUUAAUUACCAAUAGCGGUAUCGAAAUCAUAGAAAACAACACUUUUCAAGGAAUGGAUGGACUACAGCAGAUUAGUAUAAGAGAGAAUUUAUUUGAGUUCGUAAGACCUGGGACGUUCGUUGAUCUGCCGGCGUUGCUAACAUUAGAACUAUCCCACAACAAUAUAUCAACGUUAGACACACAUGCGUUCUGGAACAUGUCCAAACUAAUACAUAUCAAUUUAUCCUAUAAUAAGAUUACUGUUAUAUAUUCGGAUAGCUUUGGCCUCCUUCCCGGCGUAACAACCCUGGACCUAGGACACAACGGAUUAGAAGUAGUGCCGAGGAGAAUUCUAAGAAAUUUUCCUAAUUUAAUGAGACUUCAUCUGUCCGGAAAUCGCAUCAAGAUUGUGAACGCCCACGACUUCGCUUAUUGUGUCUCACUCAAAUCUCUCUAUCUAUCGGACAAUCAAAUUUCGAUAAUAAGCAACAAAGCAUUUAUUGUCAAUGAUACCGGAGAAAACAAAGCACUGAAAAUAAACAAUAUAUUUUUAGAUAACAACAAGUUGACAGAAUUUCCACCGUUAAAUGACUUAAAUCGCCUACUUGAAAUUUUCAUAAGUGGUAACAGCAUAGACACUAUUACAUCUGACGCAAUGAUUGGCUUUCCAGGUUUAACUAUGUUCCAUAUGUCUUAUGAUCUCGCUCUGACAGAAAUACAGCCAGGAGUUUUCCGGAAGUUAAAAUCGCUUAGAACAAUAUAUUUGAAUGGUAACCAAGGACUGAAAAGUCUUCCAGAUGGGCUUUUUGCAAACCAAAAAAUUUUGCAUACUCUUCUACUCGGCAAUUGUAGCCUUACAACGUUUCCGGAAAGUCUUGGAAGCUGGGAACACUUGGCAAUAUUUAAUAUCGCCAACAACCCUCUCCACUGUGACUGCGCGUUGAAAUGGCUAUCGAAGCCGCAUGUGUGGAAUAAGCGGUCGAUGACGUCACAAAUGAUGUGCGCGAGUCCACCAGAACUUAGCCAUAAAAGUGUACUAGAACUUGACGACAGCGACCUUCCUUGUGUUGACCACACCGAAGUGUCCAGUAGGAUAACGAACGGUAUUAUAUUUGCAAUUGUAACUAUUGUGCUCAUCGCAAUUAUCGCUCUUGUGCUCCGGUUCAGACGUACAAUGGUUUUGCGGUGGAGGUAUUACCGGUACGCCCGCCAAACUGAUGACGUACCGUUUACUGUGGACAAUGAGUAUAGCGACUACCCGUCGGGAGACCGGAAGCUGAGGAUGAGCGACCUUGAAAGGGACACGUGACCGGAAAUGUGAUUUUAGAGGGAAAGUAUUAGUAAAUAUAAGAUAUGUGCUUGCAUGAUGAAACGUGACUUAUAAACAAACAUAUUUUGAUAAUCUGAUUAAAAUAAUCUAUCCAAUACUUCGUUUACCAUGUAAGUGCGAAGACGUAGUCACGUGGUAAACGGAGUCGUGAACAUAUGAUUUUAAUCACAUUAGUACCUGAUGAUAUACAGAUAAUGAAGGGCAUUAUACUGUAGAUAGAAUGUUCUUUGUGGAACUGCAAUUGCAAUUGAAAAUGUCUGGUUGCUCAAUUUUUCAGAAGUCUGUGUGGUAUAGAAGUAUAUAACCAUGUAACACCAUUUAAUGAUGGAAACUCAAGCUUGAUAACCAAUCUGUUAUAUAUGAUAGACAUAAUUUAUGUACUCCAUACACUAACAAAGCCAGUGUAUCAAAGUAUGUUUUUUUAUUAUAAGUGUCAGGACACUGGGCAAUUGAAAUAAGUAAAAUUUAGCAGCAAGAACGUUAGAUACGAAAUUCAAGAGACAUAUUUUCCAAAACCAAUAAAAUAUAUUUCAUUUGUACAGUAGUUACAGAUAGGCUGAUAAAGCAGAUUGAAGUUUCAGGAAAGUUUCUUUCAAACAUAACCUUUUACGGUUAUUAUGAUUAAAAGUAGAAUUUUGAGUGAAUUCAGAAAAAGUGUACUUAAAACAUUAGUGCAGCUAGCUUAUAAAUGAUAUUAAGGCCAUUGCAUGGACAUAAUGACCAACUUUAUAGCCUUCAAUACAGAAGUCAUUGUAUUACAUUGUGUAUAUAUUACAAAAAAACUGGCAUUUCAUUGUCCCUAAUUCAUUUAGGACAAAAACCAUGAUCGUGAAAAAUGUGCGAUUUUCUUUUUUUAUGGGAGACACAAAUGUUCUUUGUGCUUUGAAUCACAACGUGUAUGCUACAAGUUUUGUUUACUUGACCAAGAUGUGCAUUGAACCAUAUCGUCUCUGCUUUAAGUUUUGUUUACUUUACUCAGAUGUACAUUGGACCACAAAGUUUUAAGGUUUGUUUAUUUAUCAAAGAUCUGCAUUUGGCCAUAGCGUCUCUGCUAUUUGUCUUGUUUCCAAGAUACAAAAAUAUGCACUAUGCCAUCGCGCUACUUGGCUAGAAUAUCUAAGUUAUGAUUUAUAAAUUCUUUCAAUAAUGCUGUUAUGAUAUAUAUUACGAAAUCGUCAUGUUCAGGUUUUCACUUCUUGACAGCUUUUGUUGUAGUUUGUAGGAAUCUCUUUUUAAAGUUUUACCAGCCAUCGUUGUUAAAACGUACAUUUUGUAACUGUGAUUCCAUACCUAUAAAUGUAUACAGUAAUAUAUUUCAGCACAUCUACAACUAAGUGGUAGCUUGUGUUUUGAAAUACAUACAAUCACACGGCGUUCACGAUGGAAAAAGAAACCCAACAAUGAUAGGAAUUUGCAUAAUAUCUCCGCAAAACUUUAUAGAGAUAUGAGAAGGGUAAGAUAACAUAUAUGAAGACAAUUGGUUUAGUGGAAGCUUGAUUCAUCAGCAAUAUAUUGCUUUAGAGACCACACGAAUAUGGUUAUUUUUCAUUAAAAAUGUAUAAAUAUAUUGUCUUUAAAAGGGAUAUGUAGCAUGUUAGAUAAUUAUUAUAUUGAGUGUUAUCAAUGUACGAUUUUGAACAAAAAUAGCAAAAUUUUAUUUACGAUUUUCUUUCAAUAGAAUAUAUACUCACAAAUACAUCGUACGUCUUAAUUCAUAUAACUUUAUUAUGUGUAAUAGAACAUUAAUAGAGGAUAUCUUAGAGUGUGUUCAGUAUUGCCAAACCUCUUUCACGAUUGGGGCUAAUAUUUUAAAAUCUUUCACGGGUACGCAGCUCGAGUGAAAAGUAUUAAAAUAUUAGUCACACGAGUGAAAUAAAUGUGGUAUUACUAAAGAUACUUUUAGAUAUUCUGUUUAUUACAUGUUUUACAGCAAAAUAUACCAGGUCAUCUUUUAAAUUUCCCCAUUGUUUUUGUAAGCGGUGGUUUAACUGGUCAAAUUUGAUAAAAUCUGCAAUUAUGAUGAUAAAAGUGAAACAAAGCAUUGAAAGAUAUUUUCAAUUUAUUUCUUCAACUUAAAAGUUGUUUCCCUGAAAAGCUGGACAUGUAUUUUCACAAGAAUAGAUCAUCACUAGCGAAUUUAAAGUCAUUUUCUACUUCAGUGGUUGCAAAAUCAUAUAUUCGCGAAUGUGUCUGAAAAGGUGAUCUGCGAAAUUAAGUUAUCGCGAAAUCUAGGUGAUUUACAGUUUAAGGUGAAUUCUUGAAUAGUCAUUUAGGUACGGAUAUACUUCUGGUAUGAAUCGUACCUGGACGAUGAUUCAAUAAAUUAAACAAUAUUAUGAUAUUCAUGAUUGGGUGCUGAAGUUUUUACUAUGUUACGGUUAUGGUAAUUUGUACAAUUUUUAGAGAUCCACCUAUGGAGAUUUAACAUGUUAUACAGACUACGCAGUGUUACGCGUCAUGAUUUCGUUUUAGUUUG